AUGACUAUAUCUUAUCUAAUUCAUAUAACUCUUCUCUUUUUUAUUUUACUUAUAUCUUCUAUUAAUUCAUGUAAAUGGUCACCUACUCAAUGUGGUUGUGCUUACACACCACCAUCACUACAUCAACGUAUUGUCGGAGGCGUAGCAGCUAAAGAGCAUUCAUGGCCAUGGAUAGUUGCUAUUCGCCAAUAUAAUUCACAUUUAUGUGGUGGAGUCCUGAUUAGUGAUCGUCAUGUAUUAACAGCUGCACAUUGUUUUUUAAAUUAUCAUCCAAGCAUGAUCAAUGCUUUUACAUUUGCAAUGGGUCAUCAUGGAAGAUCUGAAAACAUUUUUAUUUCAAAAGCUAAACGUAUUAUAAAUCAUAAAUCAUAUGAUAGCAAUGGAAGAAAUAUACACGAUAUUGCAUUAGUUGAACUUGAACGAAUAAUUGAUUUUAACAAUAAAAACAUAGGCUUUAUUUGUCUUCCAUCAGCAGAUAUCAAUAAUAAUGGAAUCUAUCCACCACUAGGAACGCCAACAUGGGUAGUAGGAUGGGGUCAUACAAGUUUUCAUGGAACACCAUCUACAGUAUUACUACAAGUUUCAGUACCAAUUACAAAUAAUAAAGGAUGUACAGCAAAAGUUACUCUACCAACAAAACAACUAUGUGCAGGACUUGAUCAAGGUGGUAAAGAUUCAUGUCAAGGAGAUUCUGGUGGACCACUUGUACUUGACAAAGGACAAGGAAUAUUUGAAUUAAUUGGAAUUGUUUCAUUUGGUGAAGGAUGUGCUUAUGUUAUGAAACCGGGUAUUUACACGCGAGUUAGUGGAUAUAUUGAUUGGAUCAAUGAUUUAAUUAAAAAACCCAUAACACAUACAGCAAAUACAUCAAAUACACCACAUACUACUGUAGUAUUACCACAAGCUUUACUAUCGAAUGGGAAUCAACGAAAAUUAUCUUAUAUAUUGUUUAUUUUCUCUUCAAAGUUUAUUAUUAAUUUUAAAUGA